AUGAGUGUGGAUAAUCGACAACUCUCCUCGAAGACCGGACAUGUAGCUGUUCAGCACAGUAAUGAGGCUUCAACAGGCCGUCAUGACAUUAUACGAAUCAGGGACUUGAAAAUCAACGUCCCGGUAUCAACCACCGGAGACGGGACAGACCAACAAGGCGUCCUAGUCACCCUCGCCAUCGUGCAUGACACACGCUCCACCGCUGCAACGGACGACUUGGCUCGCUCUAUCAACUAUGCGUCGGUCUCGGAAACUGUGUCGCAGGUGCGGGGCACUUCAAGCGUUCUAUCACUCGAAGCUCUAUUGGAGCGGGUGUGCACGUCGUGCUAUGGCCGACAUCCGGAGGUGCAGGAGCUCUCGGUGAGAGCCAACGUCGCUCUUUCAACCGACAUUACAGCUGGUAUCGAGAUAUAUUCCUCGAGGAGCGUCCCGCACGCUGCAGCAUGGCGUUCCUUCCUCGAAGGACUGGAGUGUCAGACUAUCAUCGGAGUGAACCCGGAGGAGCGGGAUGUAAAACAACCCGUUUUACUCAACGUCACGCUCGAUGCUUCGCGCAGUCCUCAGGAACCUCUGAAUCUUCGAGGGCUCGCAGCGACCAUCAUGCAGGGUGUGACUGAUAGCUCGUAUCUUACGCUGGAAGCGCUUGCGUCGUAUGUAGCACGCAUCGCCCUCUCGCAAUGCACGGAGCCGUCGUGUCGUGUAACAGUGCGAGCCUCGAAGCCGCAUGCGCUGCGUCCGGUCGCGGAGGCAGCGGAGGUGGAGGUCUCACGUACGCUGGAGGAUUACCAGCGCGAAUCAGCUGUAGACGCUUCGGAAGUCACAAAGGUCUCGCCGUCGGAACGAGCAAGGAGCAAGACACCAACCUUUGCCUCUCUGCUCGCUUCUGUCCUUGGGCGGAAGGCACCGGUCAGGUACCCUCAUCGGGCUGCGAUUGCGCUCGGCGCAAAUCUGGGCGAUCGCUGUGCCAAUAUCGAGCUUGCGCUCCGUCUUCUGGACCUUCCCCCUGAGGGGAUGCAGACGCCGAGAGCUGUGGUGGUUGAUACGAGCUUCAUGUACGAGACUGCGCCAAUGUAUGUCACGGAUCAGCCGAAGUUCAUCAACUGCGCAUGCAUGAUCGAGACAGACAUGGGACCAUUGGAGCUACUCAGUUACGUCAAGUAUAUCGAGGCAACGGUCGGGCGGGUCACGUCUUUCCGAAACGGCCCACGAGCGAUCGACCUCGACAUUCUCACGUACGAUUCGGAGGUCUUUGAUUCACGGCCUGCCACUGAGCGAGGUGCGCUGGACAACUUGGCAGGCCAGCUCGUCGUACCCCAUCCGCGCAUAGCGGAAAGGGAGUUCGUCCUCCGGCCGUUGAGAGAUAUGAUCCCGGAAUACGUACAUCCGACGUUACACAAGUCUGUCCGCACGCUCUUCACCGAGCUCCUCGCACGCUCAGGUCCGGACGUAGCGCCCAUGUACAAAGUAACGCCCUUUCCGCGUUACGGGCUCCCCACCCAACCUCCUUCACGGCCGCCGUCUCCGUCGCUCUCUGACGUUCCGCCCGUCCCACCUACUGCUGCAUACUGGACGUAUCCUGUCGCGCCAAGCAAGGCAAAGCAGCGCCGCACGACGUACAUCAUGGGCACGUUGAACGCGACGCCAGACUCGUUCUCGGAUGGCUCGAAGCAUAACACCAUCCCUGCUGCCCUCGCGUACGCGAAGUCGGCGGUGGCUGGUGGUGCCGCGAUCAUCGACGUCGGUGGCUACUCUACCCGCCCGAGGGCCGCGUGGGUGUCUCCACAGGAGGAGACCUCGCGCGUCGUUCCUGUCAUUGAGGCCAUCCGCGCCAUCGGGCAGGAUGAGGGUGACGACCAGGCCUUGCGCUCAAAAACGGCGAAUGUCCUGAUCAGCGUGGACACCUUCCGAUCAGAGGUCGCAGAAGCGGCCGUACGUGCUGGUGCAAACUGCAUCAACGAUGUCUACGCAUUCGUCGGGAACCGGUGGCCGCUCGACGAAUCUUCCGCGGAGGACUUCCUCGAGAUGCGCCGCGUCGCGCGCGAGCUCGCCGUCCCUGUCGUGCUGAUGCACUCGCGUGGAGAGGCGUCCGCGAACAAAGACUACUCGCAGUAUGCAUAUGCCCAGGACGCGGACGGGUGCGGAACCGUGCUCGAGGGAGUCAGAGUCGAACUGGGCGAGAGAGUCGAGGCGGCCGUGAAGGGCCCGGGCGGGAUCCGGAGGUGGAACGUCAUCGUCGAUCCUGGUAUCGGGUUCAGCAAGACGGUCGAGGGCAAUUUGGAGUUGCUGAGAGAUGCGAGCAAGCUCACUGCCGAGCUGUGGAGUUGCCGGGGGAGGAACCAGCUUGCGGGGUAUCCGCAGCUGAUCGGUGCGUCGCGCAAGUCAUUCCUUGGGACUAUUUUGGCGCAGCCAGACGAGGGCGGGAACUAUGAGGGACGGGAGACAACGGCCAGCGAGCGAAGUUGGGCCACCGCUGCUGCGGUGAGCUGCGCCGUUCAGCAGAGAGCUGAGGUAGUGCGGGUGCAUGAUGUCUUGGAAUUGGGCGAUGCCGUGAGGAUCAGCUCAGCAAUAUGGGAUGUGUACUAG